AUGUCACUUCGUAAAAAAAUAUAUUGUGAUUCCUCGUUAGAUGUCGCAAGCGAUAAUGGCCAAGACUCGAAAAAAUAUCGGUCAGAAUCUAGUAGCAACAGUUUUUUCGUGAACCUGUUUAAAAUUUUGGGUAUUUUGUUAGCGGUAUUCUUUUUGUCGUCGUAUUUUUUUACAGAGACUUGGACUUGGGAUUAUAAGGGUAAAUACACUAAUUGGCGGAACUGGAUUCCGCGUAAAGAAACCGUGUUCACUUUGGAGGAGUUAUCAAAAUAUGAUGGAUCUGAUCCUGAGCUUCCGAUCUAUCUUGCUAUAAGUGGUGAAGUUUUUGAUGUUACUCAAGGAAGAGACUAUUACGGAAAGGGCGGUUCAUACGGAUUUUUCUCGGGACGAGAUGCGUCGCGAGCAUAUGUCACUGGAUGCUUUGAUUCGCCGUCACAUUUGUCUCACGAUUUACGUGGGUUGACUCCAAAUGAAUUAAAGAGUAUAGAAGAUUGGACUUCGUUUUAUCGCGACCACCACACCUACUUCAAAGUGGGAAGAGUCGCACUUCCACCAAUUGAUCCCAAUUCGCCGAUUCCACCAUCUUGUAAAGCUGCUAAGGAACAAAAACCUUGA